GACUCAGGGCAGGAAAUUCUCCCGACCUGCAUCCACCCCACAAAGAGUCCUGAUGCCGGGCCGGGAGUCCAGGGCUCUGCUCGGGUAUCAGGAAAGCUUCCUGGAGGAGUCGUCUACGUGGGGUCUUGAUGGAUGAACAGGAGUUUCAUAGGCAGAGCCCGCAGCCCGCCGCAGCCCCACCAUGGAGGCCAUCAAGAAGAAGAUGCAGAUGCUGAAGCUGGACAAGGAGAAUGCCAUCGACAGGGCCGAGCAGGCCGAGGCGGACAAGAAAGCCGCCGAGGACAAGUGUAAGCAGGUGGAGGAGGAGCUGACGCACCUCCAGAAGAAACUGAAAGGGACAGAGGAUGAGUUGGAAAAAUACUCGGAGGACCUGAAGGACGCGCAGGAGAAGCUGGAGCUGACGGAGAAGAAAGCCUCCGACGCCGAAGGUGAUGUGGCAGCUCUCAACCGACGCAUCCAGCUGGUGGAGGAGGAGCUGGACAGGGCCCAGGAACGGCUGGCCACCGCCCUGCAGAGGCUGGAGGAGGCAGAAAAGGCUGCGGAUGAGAGCGAGAGGGGAAUGAAGGUGAUAGAAAACCGCGCCAUGAAGGACGAGGAGAAGAUGGAGAUUCAGGAGAUGCAGCUCAAAGAGGCCAAGCACAUCGCCGAGGAGGCCGACCGCAAGUACGAGGAGGUGGCUCGGAAGCUGGUCAUCCUGGAGGGCGAGCUGGAGAGGGCAGAGGAGCGUGCGGAGGUGUCUGAACUAAAAUGUGGGGACCUGGAAGAAGAACUCAAGAAUGUCACUAACAAUCUGAAAUCGCUCGAGGCUGCAUCUGAAAAGUACUCUGAAAAGGAGGAUAAAUAUGAAGAAGAAAUUAAACUUCUGUCUGACAAGCUGAAGGAGGCCGAGACCCGCGCUGAAUUUGCAGAGAGAACAGUGGCCAAACUGGAAAAGACGAUCGACGACCUGGAAGAAAAACUUGCCCAGGCCAAAGAAGAGAACGUGGGCCUACAUCAGACACUGGAUCAGACACUAAAUGAACUUAACUGUAUAUAACCAGAACCGGAAGAGUCUUGUUCCAACAGAAAUUCUAGAGCUCCAUGUCUUUCUCUUCUUUUGUAAGAAGUUUCUUUUGUUAUUGCAUCUUCGCUUUGCUGGGAUUUCAAGCAAAUUAUGAAUAUGUGACCAAAUAUUUUGUAUCAGAGAAGCUUUGGGCACCAGUUAAAUCUAAUUCCUUUUUUUUUUUUUUUUUUAAUUUCCAAUGGCACCAGCUUUCUCAGCUCUACUUUUAUCCUUAAGUUGCAUUUAUUCCUAAGGUAGGCAGGGCGUUUCAUACUGAGCACACUCCCUUCAGAUGGAGGGCUUUUGGUUCCUGGGAAUAUAGUCAACCCCACCUUUCAAGAAUAGGCUCCGAUGUCUAGUCAUGGGUUGAUUUAAGAUGCUAACGGGUGUAACGGUUCUGGGUCACUGUUGGCCAGGUUACAGGAGGCUAGGGACCAUCACAAUAAAAUGGGUGGGGAUUUCCCAUCCAGAGCCAAAAAAAGAGCCAACGUGGGAAACCAUAAACCACACAGAGAUAAACCUUCUCCACACUCCACUGUGCAGAAUACAUAUCCUUGGAGCAGUCAGCUUGACAGUGCUUGGGAAAUAGUCAUAAUAUUUACCCAGGAAUUGCCUGGAUAAUCCUUGAUGCUAUGUUCUACAUUUUUCUUUCAUUCUAAAGUUGUCCUCUGAUGAGCAAGUGUCUUAUUCUAAUAAUGACCCAAGCUUGACGGCUCUUGGGGCCAUACCUGAGCAGGAAUACUGUGCAAUACAGUCCUGUUAGGGUCAGCCAUAUCAAAAAGACUGCUAGCCAUCCAUAAAUUACACAGAAGAGUUGUUUUUUUUUUUCUGUCAACAAACAUGUUGGGCAGAAGGGAUCUCUCUGGCAGCAAAGUAGAUAUAGAAAAAUAAUUUGGCCUGACUUCAUCUCCAUCCUUCAGGGACUGGCAAAUUAUCCAAGAUUUGAAUUCCUUCUUUGGGACCAAGUUAAUAAAAGACCAAGAAACUCCUGAUGAAACUGGAUAUGGAGAACUUUUAGGCAGGGGCUGCACAUUUUGGCUUUGUUUUAUUUUUGCUUUCUCGGUUAACAUCUCAGAGCUGAAACAUUCCACAUUUCCCCAACAGUGUGGGGACCAACUUGAGUUUACAAUUCUGACUAAAUUCACCCUGCUUCCAGCUUAUCCAAAUCCCCUGCCCCUCACUCCUAUUUAUUAAGCAUCACACUACCCAGGAGAUACACUAGCAAAUUGUGCAGCUGAAUAAAAUCCACACUUUUCUUUAGAUUCUUGCGACUGUAUCAUAUGUAAUAGUAUCACUUUUUCUACAUUUUGGUCAAAUAAAUUUUUACAUAAAUGACAA